AUGGAUUCGACUCACUCAACAAUGCCCAAGAAGCUCUCUGAGCCCCGCUAUAUCAACUUCCCUAGCCUACCGACUGAUGCUAAACAUCCGGAUGGCUCCCCCGCACUCAACCGGCACUCGUCAACCAUCACCCGCGGACAUGAAUUCCCGGGAGCUCGAGCUAUGCUCUUUGCCGCCGGUGUUCCUGACAAGGAAGCAAUGGCCAAAAGCCCCCAUGUGGGCAUUGCUUCCGUCUGGUGGGAAGGGAACCCCUGUAAUAUGCAUCUGAUGGAUCUAGCAAAGACGGUAAAAAAGUCUGUCGUGGAGAAGGGAAUGAUCGGCUGGCAGUUCAACACCGUCGGCGUGUCUGAUGCCAUCACGAUGGGUAGCGACGGUAUGCGAUUCUCGCUUCAGACUCGUGAAAUUAUUGCCGACAGCGUUGAGACCGUCACAUGUGCCCAGUACCACGAUGCUUGUAUCGCAAUUCCUGGCUGCGACAAGAACAUGCCGGGUGUUGUGAUGGGUAUGGCUCGGCACAAUCGCCCAUCCAUCAUGAUCUACGGCGGGACGAUUAACAUCGGAUACUCGGAAUACCUCCGCAAGCCUAUCAAUAUCUCAACCUGCUUCGAGGCGGCGGGAGCGUAUGCCUAUGAUACAUUGCGACAGCCCGACGACGGUGGUGACACGAGCAAGACAAAAGAUGAGAUCAUGGAUGAUCUUGAGCGACAUGCUUGUCCUAGUGCCGGGGCAUGUGGUGGAAUGUUUACUGCAAACACAAUGGCCACUGCCAUUGAGUCCAUGGGCCUGUCCUUGCCUGGUUCCUCCUCUACACCAGCAUCGUCACCUUCUAAAAUGCGGGAAUGUGUGCGCGUGGCCGAUGCCAUCAAGAUCUGCCUGGAAAAGAAUAUUCGGCCCCGUGACCUUUUGACUAAACGAUCCUUUGAGAACGCACUUGUGAUGACGAUGGCGCUGGGUGGGUCCACUAACGGAGUCCUUCACUUCUUGGCCAUGGCACGUACUGCUGGGGUUGAUUUGACUCUGGACGAUUUCCAACGAGUUAGCAACAAGAUCCCCUUUAUAGCCAAUCUCUCCCCCAGCGGGAAGUACUACAUGGCCGAUUUGUAUGAGGUCGGAGGAAUCCCCUCGGUGCAGAAGCUUUUGAUUGCUGGCGGACUCCUGGACGGUGGAAUGCUGACGGUGACCGGCAAAACACUGGCGGAGAACGUUGAUUCGUUCCCUUCGCUGCCCCAAGAUCAGACCAUCAUUCGCCCACUGGACAACCCAAUCAAGACUACAGGUCAUAUUCAGAUCCUGCGCGGUAAUCUCGCUCCCGGUGGUGCUGUGGCCAAGAUUACGGGCAAGGAGGGCCUCAAAUUUAGUGGCAAAGCCCGAGUCUUCAACAAGGAGAAGCAGCUCAACGACGCCCUAGACGAGGGCCAGAUCCCACGUGGAGAGAAUCUGGUUCUGAUCGUCCGCUACGAAGGCCCCAAGGGUGGACCCGGAAUGCCGGAACAGCUCAAAGCCAGUGCCGCGCUGAUGGGAGCCAAACUGACCAACAUUGCGCUGAUCACAGAUGGUAGAUAUUCUGGGGCGAGCCAUGGUUUCAUCGUCGGUCAUAUCACGCCCGAGGCCGCCGUGGGCGGGCCGAUCGCUCUAGUUCGCGAUGGAGACAUGAUUACUAUCAAUGCCGAGACCAACGAAAUCUCCAUGGAUGUAUCUGAAGAGGAGCUUGAGGAGCGUCGCCGCCAAUGGACGCCGCCUGAGCCGCAGAUCACUCGCGGUGUGCUUGCCAAAUAUGCUCGCCUAGUGGGCGAUGCGUCGCACGGCGCGAUGACGGAUCUCUUUUAG